AUGAAGACAUUCCUUAUGAUGUGGAUUCUUUUCAUCAUCAUUCUGCAAUUUCAUCAGGUUCUCUCCUCCUCUUCAUCUAAUCAUCUAUGUCCUCAUCAACACCGUCUUAUUUUGCUCAAAUUCAAGCAAAUGUUUGUAAUUGAUCAUAAGUCGACUGAUGAAAGCUUUUGUGUUGAUGGAUAUGAUAAUUAUAUACUAUCAUAUCCAAAGACAGUGUCUUGGAAUGAGAGUAACACAAAUUGUUGCUCAUGGGAUGGAGUGACAUGCAAUGAUCUUACCGGCGAUGUCAUCGGCAUUGAUCUCACUUGUAGCCAACUUUCUGGAACCUUCCAUCCAAACACAACUCUCUUCCAGCUUCCCUUAACGAGUCUAAACCUUUCUUACAACAACUUCCAAAAAUCUCACAUACCAUCUUCUAUUGGCAUGUUGGCACCCACCCUCACACAUCUUAACAUUUCCACUUCCAAUAUCUCAGGUCCAAUCCCAUCGGAGAUCGCCCACCUCUCUAAACUAGUUGUCCUUCGUCUUAGUGAGGUUGAUUAUGAUCCUUAUGGUAAUGUAAGCACACACUCAUUAAGGCUCGAACAACAUGACUUUCAGAACAUCAUUAGUAACCUGACACAGUUGGAAAUCCUAGAUCUCCGUUAUAUAAACAUUUCUUCUUCCAUUAUUCCAGAUUUCAUAGUGAAUCUAACUUCCUUGACAUCUCUCUAUUUUAUGGGCAAUAUUGGGUUGUAUGGACAAGUGCCUGAUGGUGUUUUCAACCUACCAGCCUUACAAAAACUACGCAUACGGUACAACGAUGGACUCAAGGGAAGCUUCCACAAUGUAAACUGGAACAUUAGUGGGACUACUCCUCCUCUUAAGGAGCUACGACUUUCUACCAUAAGUUUAUCUGGUGGUUUACCCGAUUCAAUUGGUCAUCUUCGCUCAUUAAACUUCUUGCUAUUUGAUGAUUGCAAUCUUUCAGGAUCCCCUCCCGGUUCAAUUGGAAACCUCACCCAACUUAUUGGUUUGUCAUUAAGUUACAACAAUUUUACUGGUCUCAUCCCUCCUUCUCUUUCAAAUCUAAACAAACUCAAUUUUUUGUACCUAUCCGAAAAUCAUUUUGAAGGCUCAAUUCCUGUUGGUCUAUUUGGGCUUCCAUAUUUAGAUGACCUGAGGCUAGACAACAACAUGCUUUCCGGUGCACUGCCAUCUAUCUUCUUUAACAACCAUUCAAUGUUGUCCUUUUUAGACAUUUCAAAUAAUAGUCUAUCUGGCCCAAUUCCGCAAUCCAUAUCAAAUUUGACAGAGCUUCGUAUAUUCUAUUUAUCUUACAAUCAUUUUGAAGGCUCAAUUCCUGUUGGUCUAUUUGGGCUUCCAUAUUUAGAUGAGCUGAGCCUACACAACAACAUGCUUUCCGGUGCACUGCCAUCUAUCUUCUUUAACAAUCAUUCAAUGUUGUCCUAUUUAUCCAUUUCAAUGAAUAAUCUAUCUGGCCCAUUUCCGCAAUCCAUAUCAAGUUUGACAGAGCUUGAUGGAAUCGAUCUUUCUUUCAAUAAUUUUGAUGGCCCAAUUCCGCAAUUCAUAUCAAAUUUGACAGACCUUCGUCUAUUCUAUUUAAAUUACAAUAACUUUGAUGGCUCAAUUCCGCAAUUCAUAUCAAAUUUGACAGAGCUUGAUGAAAUCGAUCUUUCUUUCAAUAAUUUUGAUGGCACAUUGUACCUUGAUACCUUUUCAAACACAAAACAAUUAAGGUAUAUUAAAUUGGGCAAUAAUGGAAACUUGUCAGUGGUAGACGCUGAUGGCAAUUUCUCUACCAUUACUUUUCUGGAUUUGUCUUCAUGUAAAUUACAAAACUUUCCUAUUAAGUUUUUGACGACUUCAAAAAACCUCCGAUUAUUUGACCUUUCCAACACCGGGGUUAGUGGACAAAUACCUGAAUGGAUUGGAGAUAUGAGCAGAAUGAGAACAUUUCGUGCAUCCAAUAAUAAGAUAAAAGGAGAGAUCCCUUCUUCUAUAUGUAACAUGAAAGUGCUCAACCUACUUGAUUUGUCCCAAAAUGAGCUUGAAGGUCCGAUACAUCCAUGUUUCGGGAAUUUCAGCACGAAACUUAGAGUACAAGACCUUCGAAAUAAUAAUUUACAUGGCGGGAUUCCAGAACCAUAUGCAGAGGACAACAUGCUUAGCGUACUUGCAUUGAAUGGGAAUGGUUUACAAGGACCAAUACCAGAAUCACUUUCACUCUGUAAGCACUUACAAGUGUUAGACAUUGGAAACAAUAUGAUAAAUGGAACAUUUCCGAUUUGGGUGGAUGCUCUUCCAGAGUUAGAGGUCCUUGUGUUGAGGUCAAAUAAAUUUCAUGGCUUCCUUGAUUUUUCAAAGACCCCGUCUCCUUUUCCUAGAUUGCGUAUUUUCGACAUAUCCCAUAAUGAGUUCACUGGCCCAUUGCCAUCAUUUUAUUUUAACAACUUCAAUGCUAUGAAGACGGUGAAUCAAAACCGCACAAAUCUGACAACCUUUACAAAUGGUUAUGAAGUUUCUGUUACAAUGACAAUGAAAGGCUUUGAUGCUCGCAUUGAAGGAUUUAUCUUACGAUCUCGGACAAUAAUUGAUUUGUCAAGCAAUAAGUUUGAGGGCGCCAUUCCGGAUGUUGUUGGCAAAUUAUUUGGACUCACAAUGUUGAAUAUUUCCAAUAAUCGGCUUAACGGACAUAUACCUGUCAAAUUGGGAAAUUUAGUUCAGCUCGAACAUUUGGAUCUAUCUUCAAACCAUCUUACAGGAGAGAUACCUCAAGAACUUACAAGUCUAACAUUCCUUGAAGUUCUGAAUCUUUCUUGCAAUGGACUAGAAGGACACAUACCUCAGGGUAAGCAAUUCAACACAUUUUCAAACACUUCUUACAUGGAGAACGUGGCAUUAUGUGGACCUCCUUUGUCAAGAAAAUGUCAGGGGCGUGAAAUACCAAUACCAUCACCAAAUGAUGAUUCUGAAAAUGAUGAUUCAGAUUAUGCAUUCAUGAACGGGUUCACAUGGCAAGCUGUAUUGAUGGGGUAUGCCUCUGGAAUGAUAAUCGGGUUAGGUGGAGGUUGUCUUUCGUUCUAUACGGGAAGACCUAAAUGGUUUGCCACAAUGAUCGAUGAAGAGGGAUAUAAAAUCAUCAAGAAAUACAACAGACGAGUGAGGAGAUUGUCCAGUAAUCUGAGAUUACAUUAA